AUGAAUGAAAUCACUACCAAUCAUGAACUGAUGGUAGAGCAAUUGUAUGGGUUUAUCACUAGUUUGGUAUUUCCCGAGGCUGAGUCUCCUCCGAUAUGCAAAGAGGAUGAAACAGCAUUGGAGAGGUUCAUAUCAAACUUACAACAGGAUACAUUGUUCAUAGUUCAGUCUUCAAAUAACGAAGGUCAUAAGAUUUCAAAUGACAUAUCUGAUUUUGAUUGUUUAUACAAAGAAUUAUCCACAUUUAUCAUCAUAAUUAAAUCAAAGGGAAUACUUAAUGACGAGAUCCCCCUUACACGACAAUUAAACAUUAUCACCAUUCCGAUUUCAAAUACCGAUGAUAAUGAAGAGACUAAUGAUCUGUUUGAAAAACUUAGGCUUGCUAUUAAUAUGGGGUUGGCACCAUAUUUUGAUUUAAUUUCUGCAACUAAUGAAGAAUCUGCAUUGAUGAUGACAAAGAAAAAGUUUAACGAAUUAUCAUUGGCAUUACAGCAUUUACAACAAAGAAUUCAUAUACCCGACUUAUUGGCAACUACUCACCCGAGAAUAAAACAAUUGAUUGAGAAAAACGAAAUUGAUAACAUUGACGAUUUAAUUGAAGAUACGGCAUUAUUGAAUGAAUUAACAUCCAUAGCCAAUAAUUGGAUUAAACAGAUUCAAUCAAUUACUAGAUUAACUCAUGAACCAUCUGAUGGAGCUAGUAUUACUGAAGAUAUCCAAUUCUGGAAGUCCAUGGAUUCUGUAUUGGCAUCAUUAAACCAACAAAUUGCAUCUUCUGAAAUUAAGUUGACGAGAGAAAUAUUGAGCAAAGGGAAGAGAUUUCAUAUUACAUUGGGAUUUGAAAAUGAUACUGGCUUGAAUGAGAAGAUUUCAGAAACAAGAUUGUACAAUUCAUUUUUGAAAGAGCUACCAAUAAACGACUUGAUCAUAAUAACUGAUGAUGAUGAUCUUGAAAAAUUCGACAUUGUGAUUGCUAGUAUAUUUAGCCAUUUGAAACUGAAGUUAAAUCUAUUGCCACUAGAGAGAGCAGUCAAGUCUGUGGAAGUUAUACUUAAUGAUAUUACAUCAAAGUUUCAGGAGCUCUUAGGAACUCAUGAUGUGAUGUCUUUAUCGCAACAGAAGUUUGAACAAUUAUAUGAUUUAUGCCAAAAAGAACUUGGAAUUAUUGAGGCAAAUAUUAAGUAUGUGAUCAACUUGUUAAGGGAAUUAUUGAGAAAGAGACAAGAAAAAUUUAAAAUUAUCACUAUUGACCAAAGCAAAUUUGAACAGAUCCGUGAAAGAUUAGAUCAUCUUAAGCUGUUUAGGAUUAACCAUCAAAAUUUGUUGUCAAGUAUUGACAACAUUUUACCAAUCGAUGAAAAGUUAGACAGUUUAACUAGACUUAGGGAUGCUUACAACAAGCAUAUAAUACCUAUAAAUGCAGUUGAUAUAACUCAUCAAGGAAAAUUAGUUUGGUCAAUGAAUGAACAAGCGUAUCUACAAGUUUUCCAUGAGCUAAAUACCUUGGUUAUUAAAAGAAUAAACACUUUCUUUGCCGAUGCUACUAAGUUUAUCGAUGUGAUUUCAAUUUACAAGAAAUUUUUCCAGUCUAAAGGCGCCAGUACCUUAUUACUACUGAUUAGUGAUGAACAUAAAUUGAAGAUUUUAUCAUUAGCAGACAAGGAAAUAAUGCAAUUGGUCGAGAUGAAUUCAAGCUCUGGGAAUAAAUCAACCUACGAAGAUAUCAAAUGGAAAAUUCAUGCUACUAAUAAGUUGAUGUUUUAUCGUGAAUUUUUAAGGUCAUUCUUGGGUGAUAAUUGGAAAAACUAUUCAAUGGGUGCAAAAGUAGAUACCACCACCAGCAGGUUAAUCACAAGUUUGGAUACCGAUGCAGCCGUUCAAUCCUGGAUUGACACUGAAGUCAAUCAUAAAAUGCCUACUUAUAAUAUGGGUACUAUAAUUAAAAUUAACGAAAGCUCCAGCGGUUUAUUUGAUUUACUGGUAAAUUUCAGUUUUAACACUUUUGAUAUUUACAGCCAACUAAAUCAGUUUCAUCAUUUAGGAUAUCAGAUUCCUUCUUCUGUAUUGUUGGAAUAUCAGAAAGUAAAUCAGUUAUACCCACUUGCUACUGGAGUUUACGACCAUAUUCAAUUGCUCAACAAAAUAUUCAACCACGACCUAAGGUCCAAAUACGGCGAGUCAUACGGGUUUCUCAUUAGCGCGCAAAUCAAAAAAGUCGAUUUUGCACUAAGAGAGAUUCGUGAAGUAGAAUGGAUGCAUUUACUACAAGCUACAGAAUUAUUAAAGUUAGACGAUCCUUUACUCAAAUCGUCCAACAAUUUAGUCGAAUAUCAAUCAUUGGAGAAGUUAUCCAGUUUUGAAGAAGCAAUUACACAACUCAAUGUUCAAUUGACCAAGUUAGAAAACUUUGAGAAGGUUAUGGAGAAUUCAAGAUUUUUAUUGAGAACCACCCCAUUUGAAUUUUCAUAUAUUGAGAAUGAGUUAAAAAUGCUACAACAACAUUUCAACAAUAUCUCCUUAGAAAAUGUCGAAAAUAUUGGCGAGUUAGCCAGUUUAAUCAAUAAUGAGGUAAUGUUCAUUUUGAGUACCCGUUUACAGACCCAACUAUUAAUAUUCAAUGCUAAAGUACUUGAAUGUAUUGACGAUGAUGAAGUUGAUAUUGUUGAACUUGAGAAAUACAAACUAGAGUUUCCUGUAAUUCAGCACAAUCUAGUUUUCCAAGAAGAGUCUUUCAUUAUCGAACCAUCGUUGGCAGGAGGAAAGCAACAAGCAUUGGAGCAAAUAAAUCAGAUUGUAAAAAUAGUUGAAAACCAACACAUCAUUCGAGAACUCACAUCAGCAAGCAGUAAAUUCACAUCCAUUUUGGACAUAGAUACUACGCAGACAGAGUUAAACAAAGCUAUGAGGGAAAUUGAAGUGUUAUAUGAUGAAGCAGAGGAGUAUAUUUCGCAAUGGAACUUACUACAAUACUUGUGGGAAUUGAACUUAGAUUCCGAAGAAGAUUUCGAUAAAAUUUUCAAAUCUGACGAAGAUGUAGCGUCUUGGUUUACGGUUACUCAAGAGAUAUUAAGUUAUAGAAAAAUCUAUGAUAGACCUGAACUGGUGAAGAAUUUUGGUAAAUUAUUCUCCAUCAAUUUUGCAAAAGUACAGAAUAGAGUUGCUUUGAAAUUUGAUGAGUUUCAAAAGCUGUUGUUACAUAAAUUUGCUAUUAAAGCUCAAACGGAAUUUGUUGCAUUUAAUCGUCAGUUACUCAAUGCCAAAAAAAUCCUUGAAGUACCACUCCAAUUCCAUGGAACCAUUGAAAAUUUAGUUUCCAAUAUUGAUCAUUAUUUGAAUUUCAAUGCUAGCUUUGUCAGUUGGAAAUCUACAUUGGAAACAUUAUCAAAAAUCCAAAUUUUCUUGAUGAGAUACAGAUAUAAGUUCCCAGUAGAAUGGUUAUAUGUUGAACAAUUGGAGAAUAACAUCUCAAUGGUUCAAACACUUUUGGAUAAAAAGAAAUUACUCAUUGAAGAGAACUUGGAAGUUCUUGCAUCAAAAAUCAAAUCAGAAGCGGCCAAAGCUAAUGAUUCUGUAAAUUCCUUAGGCAAAGAGUGGCAAGUUAAGAAACCUAUUGGUGGCAGUUUGAAUCCUGGUAUUGCUAUGGUUGAUUUAGGCAACUUUGAAAAAAGAUUUGGCAAAUUACAUGGGUAUAUCAAGUCCAUUGGAAAUAUUUCCAAACAUUUCAACAUAUCUAUUCCUUCGUUUGAAGAUACACUGGUAUCACUAGAAGAGAUCAAGGAUCUUAAAUCUGUUUGGUCAUCUGUGAAUGUCUUGUGGGAAGAACUUGAGAGAUUAAAGCAAACCAAAUGGAAUGAGCUUCAACCUAGACAACUUCAUCAUCAAUUAGAUGAUUUGCUAAACAUGGCAAGAAAUUUGCCCAUAAAUGUCAGACAAUAUACUGCUGUAGAUGAAAUCCAAAAUUCUGUUAAAAUGUAUUUGAAGAACCAUCAAAAGCUUUCAGAUUUGAGAAAUGAAUCCAUGAAGCCACGACACUGGAAAAUUUUGUUAAGUCAGCUAGGAAUGCCAAGUAUAGAAUACGAGAAGUUAACUGUUGGCGAUGUUUGGGCUUUGAAUUUUACUUUGAAUAUCCAGACUAUUAAUGCUAUUAUUGAGCAAGCUGGUAAUGAACAAACAAUCGAAGAAAAUUUGAAAAACAUCAAUUCUAACUGGUCAACCAUUACUUUUGAGUUGUUCAAUUAUGAGAAUAAAUGCCGUCUUGUGAAAAACUGGGAGCUGUUGUUUGAUCAAUGCAACAUCGACAUGAAUGCGUUGGCAAGUAUGAAGAACUCACCAUAUUUCGGUUCAUUUGAAAGAGAAAUAAGUGAAUUGGAGAAGAAAUUGACUCAAUUGUUUGUUAUUUUGGAUACUUGGAUUGAAGUUCAACGUCAAUGGUUGUACCUCGAAGGGGUCUUUGGAAACGAAAACAAUGAUAUUAAGAACUUGUUACCAAUUGAAAGUUCAAGAUUUAACAACAUCAGCUAUGAGUUUUUGACAUUGUUAAAGAGAAUUUAUAAAUUCAACUUGGUGAUUGAUAUUGUCUUGAUUGGUGAUUUAAGAUCAAAGAUGACCAAGUUUUCCGACAGUUUAACCAAAGUCAGAAAGUCAUUAACUGAGUAUCUUGAGAAACAAAGAGAAUUGUUUCCUAGAUUUUACUUUAUUGGUAAUGAGGAUUUAUUAGAAAUAAUGGGAGGUACAAAUGACAUUUCCCGAAUCAAUAAUCAUUUGAAGAAAAUGUUCAGCGGGAUUCAAAGCUUGCAAUAUACAAAGGAAAGUUCCUCCAUUACAGGCGUUAUAAGUGAACAAGGUGAGAUAUUAAGCUUGCGCACCCCAGUAUCUUUGAUUAAAUUCAACAGAUUGAACGAAUGGUUAAGAGAAAUGGAACUCGAAGUGAAAUUAACCAUGUCUCAAUUAGUUAAAGAACAUUUGGCGUACUGGGAAGAAAAAUUGUAUAACAAGGACGUGAAUUUGUUACAACUCAUUGAUUCCGUCCCAGCACAAGUUGGAACCUUGUUACAACAAAUUACUUUUACUAGAGCAGUAGAGAAAGCUGAUGGUAGCCAGUUGAAAGCAUUGUACGAAGAUUUGUGUCGAGCAAUUCAAUCACUUACCCGUAUUAUUGGAUCAGAUAUUCUGGAGUUAACAAGAAAGAAGAUUCAGUAUUUAAUUAUUGAGAUCAUUCAUCAAAGAGACAUAGCUCACAGAUUAGUUCUGGCUGAUGAUGAAUCCGAAAGGAAGUUUAUUUGGAGUCUUCAACAAAAAUUCUAUUACAAUAAUCUGGAAUCUGAUUUACUCAAGAGUUUGGUGAUUCGGCAAGCAAAUUCAGAAUUUAUCUAUGGAUUUGAAUAUUUGGGAAUACCGGAAAAAUUAGCAUACACACCUUUAACUGAUGAUUGUUUCUUAUCGUUGGGACAAGCAAUCGCGCAGAAACAAGGUGGCUCUCCAUUUGGUCCUGCUGGUACCGGUAAAACUGAAACGGUUAAAGCAUUGGGUCACAAUUUAGGUAAGAUGGUGAUAGUUUUCUGUUGUGACGAAUCGUUCGAUUUCCAGUCUAUGGGUAGAAUUUUCCUUGGUUUAUGUAAAGUGGGCAUUUGGGGAUGUUUUGAUGAAUUCAAUAGAUUGGAUGAUAAAAGUUUGAGUGCUAUUUCUUCUCAAAUUGAAAACAUUGAAUUUGGGUUGAAGAAUCCGGCAUCAUUCAUUUCAGUGUCGGAAAGGAAUAUCAAAAUCAAUUCAGAGACUGGUAUUUUCAUAACUAUGAAUCCUGGUUAUGCUGGUAGAGUUGAGUUGCCAGAAAACUUGAAAAAGUUAUUUAGAAGUUUCUCCAUGGAAACCCCGGAUAGUGAAAUAAUUGUUGAGAUUUUGCUUACUUCACAGACGUUCGAAUAUUCGAAAGAAUUGGCUGGUGUGAUUGUACCAUUUUUCAGAGAGUUAUCAAGUGAAACUUCAAAACAAUUACAUUAUGAUUUCGGAUUACGUGCAUUGAAGAAUACUUUAGUACGCUGUGGUCAAGCAAAGCGAAAUGCACAAGUUCGUGAUGAUCAAAGGUAUGAAAGAACUUGA